GACCACUGUUGCAUAAUGAGAUCAUAAUUAGCGCAACUAUAUCCGGAGUUUAUUAACUUAAAAAAGGAACUUUAAAAGAAAAGUUCGAAAUAAAUAACGUGUUGCGAUUAAACAAAACAAAGGGAGAAUGUCGCUCCUAUGUUGCCGUUAGAAGUGGCUCCGGGUCAACAGGGGGCAGUGUAACGGUUGCCAUGAAAGCAGCGAAGGCCCAACGGCCAAUCAGAGGAAGCCAACGCGGGCGGAAAAAAAGGGAAAAGGAAGCUGAACUGCCGCCAUUUCACGUGAAAAGCAGCGCGGUAGGAGCAACGUACAGAGUGUUUGUAUUCAGAGGAGUAAAUAAUUUUGAUAUAAAUACGUCUGCUGGCGCCUUAAGGGUAAAUAUAGUCGUUUCAUCACAAGUUCGGGCCUUACGGUUAUAGUCUUACACGACGGGCUCUGUUUGAAGACGGAGAAAAUGAGCUACGGAAGGCCGCCGCCAGACGUCGAGGGGAUGACCUCCCUUAAAGUCGAUAACCUGACCUACCGAACAUCCCCCGAGACGCUGCGCCGAGUUUUUGAGAAGUACGGCCGCGUGGGAGAUGUGUACAUCCCACGGGACCGGUAUACGAAGGAGAGCCGUGGUUUCGCCUUCGUGCGGUUCCUCGACAAGCGUGACGCCGAGGACGCUAUGGACGCCAUGGACGGCGCACUGCUCGACGGGCGGGAGCUGCGUGUUCAGAUGGCCCGGUACGGACGACCACCGGACUCCAUGUACAGCCGCAGGGGGCCUCCACCUCGUAGAUAUGGAGGAGGAGGUUACGGGCGCAGAAGCAGAAGCCGUUCAGCCAGCCCCCGGCGUCGCAGACGUAGCCGUAGCCGCUCCAGGAGCAGAAGCCGUUCACGAUCUAGGAGCCGCCAUCACUAUAGCCGCUCCAGGUCUCGCUCCUAUUCCAGAUCCAGGUCAAGAUCCAGGUCCAAGUCCAAAUCGAAGUCAAAGUCCAAGUCCAAAUCCAGAACCCCCAGAAGGAGCAAGUCAAAGUCUCCUUCUAGGUCUCGUUCCCGCUCCAGGUCCAAGUCCAAGUCGAGAAGCCGAACCCCACCUUCCAACAAAGGGUCAAAGUCCAGAUCCAGGUCCAAAUCCAAGAGUAGAUCGAAAUCUCCAGAGGACAACGGGGCAGAGUCUUAAACCGAACUUGGACGCAACAUGACGCUGCUGAGUCCUGUUUGCAAAGAGAGGAGGAGAUGGGGGUGUGGCAGUAUGAGAGCAGUUAGUGUGUGAUCCGCCCAUGUGACCUGCCUGUUGCUGAGAGCGAUGGCAGUUGCUAAGGAGCAGGUCACCAAGGCAACGGUGGUUGCUAUGGAGCAGGUCGUCAUGGCGGUGUUUCGAGCUGUCAGUUGGUGUAUGAGGUGGUGUGGUGAGGUACGUUCUCGGGGACCACAGGCAGAUGCACUGAGCAGUGUUCCCACCUGUGCCUGUGGUUUCCUCCGCCUCUUACAAAGGGAACCAACCCCGAGGUUUGUUUUUCAAAUAUGCCAGAGUGUAAGACUCUUGUUAGAGCUAGUUUUGGGGGACAAUUGGGACAAGAAAGGUGUUUAAACAAAUGUGAAGGUUAGUCAAAAUGUUAGGUUUAUUAGAAGAAUUUUAUUUGCAUAAUGACUGAUAUAUUGUAGUGUUAGUUGAAAUCACAUCAGUAUGUAUUUAAGUAUUCAGGUGAUUGAUAUGGCGGUCUGAUUUUGCUCUUGUCAACUCUCUUUUGUCUUUCUUUCCAGAUCUCAGACGAUUUGAGCCUUUGCUGAGGACAUCAGGAAAAGUCUCACAUUCAGCAAGUGGACUCCACUAUUGGCACUGAAUGCAGACUGAAAGGUUAUUGGAACUUGGUCUAAACCUAUUUUUAAAUGUUUGAUUUGAUGUAAUCUGCUUAAGAAUUUUCUGUAACUUUAACAUUUGUAAAACUGAGUACAUUGAAAGGGACGUAUAAGGUGUUAUUCCUCAACUGAUUUUUUUUUCCCCUCCCUCAGCUGAUUUUUUUUUUUUUUUUUUUUUUCUCCCUUGCUAUUUUGAUUGGAUUUGUAUUUGAUAGAAUUCAAGUAGAUUUUUCAGUGAGAUCACUUGUUUAACACACUUUCUGGUUGGAUAUUAAAGUUUCAUUUGCAAAGUUAAUAAAGAAAAAGGGUGUCAUCAAUGUUCACAGUAUUUAGUUAUGUUUGCCAUCCUUCAAUUUAAAAGUGGCUCACUGUACAGUUAUAUAAAAGCCACUUGAUUUGUGACUUGCUAACUCAGCAGCAUAGUUUAAUGGGGAAAAAAAGAAAAAUCAAUCUUUUUUUUCUGUCUGGUUAAAGUUGCUUUCCUAUGACUCUAACCCUCUUUCUUGUGUAUCUUUUGUGCACUAGGCGCAGUUGUGUAGCAGUUGAAUAAUGCUGGUUAGCUGUUAAGAUGCGGUGCAGUGCGCUGGUGACAUGGUGUGGCGUGUUGCGGUGCUGAGUGCCCGGCGCUGUUCCGGGGCUCGACCCUUCGCUGCCGUUUGCCGGUUUGUAAGAUCACAGGUGUGGCAGAUCAUCCAUCCUCCUGUCUUGUGACUUCUCCCUCCCUCCAUGUACUGUUCAUAUCCUCUCCUCUUUUCAGCCUCUAUUUGUUUUUCCUUUCUCUCUUGUUCCUUCCUCUGUGGUAUAUCCACUGUUUUUACUGGUCUUGCUUGCUUUGAAAAUGGGUCCACUGUGACUCCUAGUGGAAGAUUCAAAGGGCAGUUGUGGCAGAUUGUGAAAUAAUUUUUUUUUUCUUUUUUUGUAUUGCAUUCCUCUGUGAAUCUCAAUUGUCUUGUAAUUGCUUCGGGUGAAUGCUAAUAAACAUCUUUGUUGUAAA